CGAGCGAGCGAGCGCGCGACCGAGCCAGCAGCCAGUGUCGCUCGCUGAAGUGGUCGUCGCCGCUGACAUGUGCACGUCAACCGGGGAGAGAAAAGUGGCAAAUGAACCGGUUGCCGCCGCCACCACCACAGCGGGAGGACAAGUGGGGUCACGACAUGGCGGAAAAGCACCACUAAGAGGAAAUUCUACAACAUAGGCGACUACGUGGGGAUAUAUUCUCUUACGCACCUGACUAUCUAUCACACGGUGUGAGACUUUUUGUUUUACGAUUUGACUGCGAGAAUGGCGACCGGCCAAAGGUCCGAGGAUGUUCUCACUCGGCUGGCCGCCUUCUAACUGACUGACUGCCUGCCUGCCUGCCUGCCUGCCAGACUGACUGACCUUUGACGCACGGGAGCGAGCCACGCUUGACUCUUUUGUUUUUCGUUUUCGCCGAGAAGGAACUUCUCGAUGCCUUUUUAAUGAUUCGAGACUUGAGCAAGAUGUACCCUCCGGCGCGGCAUCCGGUCCCACACCAGCCCGGGCAGCCGUUCAAGUUCACCGUGUCCGAAUCCUGCGACCGGAUCAAGGAGGAGUUCCAGUUCCUCCAGGCCCAGUAUCACAGCCUGAAAAUGGAGUGUGAGAAACUGGCAAGUGAGAAAACGGAGAUGCAGAGACACUAUGUCAUGUACUACGAAAUGUCCUAUGGACUCAACAUCGAGAUGCACAAACAGGCGGAGAUUGUCAAACGGCUGAAUGCAAUCUGCGCCCAAGUGGUGCCCUUCCUUUCUCAAGAGCAUCAGCAGCAGGUGGUUCAAGCGGUGGAGAGGGCCAAGCAGGUCACCAUGGCUGAACUCAACGCCAUCAUUGGACAGCAGCAACUCCAGGCACAGCACCUCUCGCAUGGCCACGCCAUCCCCGUCCCGCUCACGCCGCACCCGGCGGGCCUUCACCCCCCGCUGCCCCACGGCGCCGGUGCCGCCGGCCUGUUGGCGCUCUCCUCGGCACUCGGCCAUCAGCUGCCCCUCAAAGACGAGAGGAAACACCAGGAUGGCGCCGAAGAACACCCGAGAGCAGAGAGAGAUUCUGUGAAGAGCUCAUCUGUGUCUCCGUCCGCCAGUUUUCGGACUGGAGAGAAGCACCGAGGUUCCGGCGAUUACUCCGCCGACAGCAAGAAGCAGAAGACGGACGAUAAAGAGUUGAGCUCGACACGCUAUGAGAGCGACGGUGAGAAGAGCGACGACAACUUGGUGGUGGACGUGUCCAAUGAGGAUCCGGCUUCUCCCAGAGGAAGCCCCGCCCACUCUCCUCGGGAGAACGGAUUGGACAAGAGUCGCCCGCUGAAGAAAGAUGCCCCCCUGAGUCCCUCUUCUGUCGCCUCCUCCAGCAGCACCCCUUCGUCCAAAUCCAAAGAGAUUAAUUUGAAGAAUGAAAAAUCCACAACACCCGUUUCCAAGUCCAGCACACCCACAUCCCGCUGCGACGCGCCCACUCCCAGCGGCACCACCGCCAGCCUGAGGGCAGCUCAGCCCAGUAAGCCGGCAGGGGUCGAGGCGCUCCCCCCUGGCCUGCGCACACCGCUGGCGGUGCCGUGCUCGUACCCCGGCCCCUUUGGAAUGGUCCCUCACCUCGGGAUGAACGGCGAGCUGAGCGGAGCGGGUGCCCCCUACACCGGCCUGCAUAGCAUGAGCACUGUGGCCGCGGCCGCCGUGGCCGCUUACGGACGCUCGCAAGUGGUGGGAUUUGACCCUCACCAUCACAUACGUGUCCCCGGCCUUCCUCCGAAUCUUUCAGUCAUUCCUGGUGGAAAACCAGCCUACUCGUUCCACGUGAGCGCCGACGGGCAAAUGCAACCGGUCCCUUUCCCCCCGGACGCUCUGAUCGGCCCGGCCAUCCCGCGUCACGCGCGGCAGAUCAACACACUCAACCACGGCGAGGUGGUGUGCGCCGUCACCAUCAGCAACCCAACCCGCCACGUUUACACCGGCGGCAAGGGCUGCGUCAAGGUGUGGGACAUCAGUCACCCCGGCAACAAGACCUCCGUGUCGCAGCUGGACUGCCUCAACAGAGACAACUACAUCCGCUCGUGUCGACUGCUCCCCGACGGACGCACGCUGAUUGUGGGAGGUGAGGCGAGUACUUUGUCAAUAUGGGACUUGGCCGCACCGACUCCGCGGAUCAAGGCGGAAUUAACGUCAUCGGCCCCCGCCUGCUACGCCCUGGCUAUCAGCCCCGACUCCAAAGUCUGCUUUUCGUGCUGCUCCGACGGAAACAUCGCCGUCUGGGACCUUCACAACCAGACUCUGGUUCGACAGUUCCAGGGCCACACUGACGGAGCGAGCUGCAUAGAUAUCUCCAACGAUGGCACCAAGCUUUGGACGGGAGGCCUGGAUAACACCGUCCGCUCCUGGGAUCUCCGAGAAGGCCGCCAGCUGCAGCAGCACGACUUCACCUCGCAGAUCUUCUCACUGGGAUACUGUCCAACCGGCGACUGGCUGGCGGUGGGAAUGGAGAACAGCAACGUGGAGGUCCUACACGUCUCCAAACCUGACAAGUAUCAGCUCCACCUCCACGAAAGCUGCGUGCUCUCGCUCCGAUUUGCGCACUGCGGAAAGUGGUUCGUCAGCACGGGAAAGGACAAUUUGCUCAACGCCUGGAGGACCCCGUACGGUGCCAGCAUAUUUCAGUCCAAGGAGUCGUCUUCAGUGCUGAGCUGCGACAUCUCCGUCGAUGACAAGUACAUUGUGACCGGCUCCGGAGACAAGAAGGCCACUGUCUAUGAGGUCAUAUACUAGGGUGGGCCGAGGGCACCGCUGGAUGAGGGAGGCCCAACCCCGUGCGUGUACCAUAUGUAAUGUGUAAAAUGGAGCUUUUCGUUGUUCCCGGGACUUUUGAAGGCUUUUCAGAAGUUGAACGAAGCACAGAGAUUCUUGAACCGAGUCAAUGUAAUGUCCAUGCACACUGAGCAAACUGUAUGUUGUGAAAGCAUUAUCCAGAUCAUAUCCCUUCGCUCCUUGGUUCUUUUCUUUCUGUUUGCGGCUUGUUUAUUGUUGACUCACACAAUGUACUUCUUUC